GUGAGAGAGAGAGAGAGAAUCCAACUUAACCAAUCAGCACGCGAAACAGGCGAUUCUUCCCCUCCACCGGAAACUUCCGACAAAACGACACCGGAAAAUUCAAUACCCGAUCCUUCUCUCCCUCUCUCUCUCGCUCUGGAAUCUUCAGAGCUGCCAUUACAAUUUCACAGAGAGAGUGUGAGAGAGAGAGAGAAAGCGCGCCACCUGUUCAAUUCUGGUUGGCGGGAAAGAGAGAGAGAGAGAGAGAGAUGGGGGUGUCAGAGAAUUCGAUAGGUCUGAUACUAGCCAUGGCCUCCAGCGCCUUCAUAGGCUGCAGCUUCAUCUUGAAGAAGAAAGGCCUCAAGCGCGCCGCCGCCGCCGGAACUCGAGCAGGCGUUGGGGGAUAUACUUAUUUGUUAGAGCCAUUAUGGUGGGCGGGCAUGAUCACCAUGAUUGUUGGAGAGGUUGCGAAUUUCAUUGCUUAUGUAUAUGCGCCGGCAGUUCUUGUAACUCCACUUGGUGCAUUGAGUAUAAUAGUCAGUGCUGUCUUGGCGCACUUCUUGUUGAAGGAAAGGCUGCAGAAAAUGGGGAUUGUGGGAUGUGUUACGUGCAUUGUGGGAUCAGUGGUUAUUGUGAUCCAUGCGCCUCAGGAGCAUACUCUGAGUUCUGUACUGGAAAUAUGGACUCUUGCGACUCAACCAGCCUUUCUAAUUUACGUCGCAGCUACACUUUCCCUGGUAUUAGCUUUGGUUUUGCAUUUUGAACCUCGCCAUGGGCUAACAAACAUACUAGUCUACUUGGGAAUCUGUUCUUUGAUGGGUUCACUGACGGUUGUAAGCAUAAAGGCCAUUGGAAUUGCAAUAAAGCUUACUCUUGAGGGAGUAAGUCAAAUAGCUUAUCCUCAGACUUGGUUUUUUCUGACCGUUGCAGUAAUCUGCGUCGUUACACAGUUGAAUUACCUCAACAAGGCUUUGGAUACCUUCAGUGCAACUAUUGUUGCUCCAGUAUAUUAUGUGAUGUUCACAACUCUGACCAUUAUUGCUAGUGUAAUAAUGUUCAAGGAUUGGUCUGGUCAGGACGCAAGCAGCAUAGCCUCUGAAAUUUGUGGAUUCAUUACUGUACUGUCAGGAACCAUUAUACUCCAUGCCACCAGAGAUCAGGAACCACCUCCUCCGCAAGGAACUGUAACAUGGUACAUUAGUGGAGAUUCAAUGAAGGCUUCAGAAGAUGAAGAUUUGAUUGCUUUACACGAUUCAGAUUUUCUUGAACCGUAAUAUACCCAUUCAUCAGCAGCGGUCAUCUUGAGAAUGGAAUCCUAGCAAUGAUGCGCUGUGACUUGAGUUAGUUGACACCUAGCACAUAGCUCAUUACAACUUCAAAUAUCUAGACACCUCUUCCCUCCCUUAGUUUUUGCCAUGUUCUUAGGCUAGGCUAGGCUAGCUAGCCAUGGCAGGUCUUUUUAUAUAUUUGUUUUUUUUUUUUUUUUUUUUUUUUUUGGAAAAUAUGAAAUUUUAGGUCAAAGUGAGAAAGUAAAGGAAAGUAGUUGACAGGAUGUAGAGAGCAAUGCGUCGGGUGUCAAUAGGGCGGCCCUUUGAGAGUGUUUAUAGAGUUCCUUGUUUCUUCUAGGUGUCUCCUUAGGGUGAUUAUCAGAGAUUAAUUUGAUGUGGCUUUCUUCACAAGCCAACUGAUGAGACCUUCAACCGGACGCUUGUUGAUUACCGAUGUGUGCUUGUGGAACCACUCUCAGUGCCGACUCUGAAUCAUCAUCGGCUCAGGAAAAGGGGUUGCAGUGCUGUAUCAAUAUACCAGUGGCGCAGAGACAUUUGCUGUGAUAUUGGCAAUGUCCAAUCUGUCUAUGACGGCUAUUGGUAUAUGCACAUAUGGAUGCUUGCAGUUUCUGUCCCUGAUUCUUGUUGAUGUAUGAGUGAAUUUGAUCUCUUCUCCCUUCAUAGUCUGAUUCUUUUUUAUGUAUCAUCAGUCAAUAGCGCGUUAUCAGAACAGAACCAAGAGGCAUACUGGCCAAUUACUCCGCAGCUACCGCUUGGCAUUGUACAUCUUGUAUGCAACUCUUUUUAAGUUUUUGAUCUUGUUACACUAA